GCUUCCCUAAGGGCCGCGGCGCCCCGCCCUAUUUAUAGCAGCGGUGCCGGGCUCGCAGCGUGUCUCCGCAGGCCCCGGCCGCGGUGUCCCCGAGUUCCGAGUGUAAGUGCCAUGGAGCGGCCGGCGCCCCUGGCCGUGCUGCCCUUCUCUGACCCCGCGCACGCCCUCAGCCUGCUGCGCGGCCUGAGCCAGCUCCGCGCCGAGCGCAAGUUCCUGGACGUGACCCUGGAGGCAGCAGGCGGGCGCGACUUCCCGGCGCACCGCGCGGUGCUGGCCGCAGCCAGCCCCUACUUCCGCGCCAUGUUCGCCGGGCAGCUGCGCGAGAGCCGCGCCGAGCGGGUGCGCCUGCACGGAGUACCGCCCGACAUGCUGCAGCUGCUGCUGGACUUCAGCUACACGGGCCGCGUGGCGGUGAGCGGCGACAAUGCCGAGCCGCUGCUGCGCGCCGCCGACCUGCUGCAAUUCCCGGCCGUGAAGGAAGCUUGUGGCGCCUUCCUGCAGCAGCAGCUGGACCUGGCUAACUGCCUGGAUAUGCAGGACUUCGCCGAGGCCUUCAGUUGCGCGGGGUUGGCGAGCGCGGCGCAGCGCUUCAUCCUGCGCCACGUGGGCGAGCUGGGCGCCGAGCAGCUGGAGCGGCUGCCACUGGCGCGCCUGCUGCGCUACCUGCGGGACGACGGGCUGUGCGUGCCCAAGGAGGAGGCAGCCUACCAGCUGGCGCUGCGCUGGGUCCGCGCUGACCCGCCGCGCCGCGCCGUGCACUGGCCGCAGCUGCUGGAGGCCGUGCGCCUGCCCUUCGUGCGACGCUUCUACCUGCUGGCGCACGUCGAGGCUGAGCCGCUGGUGGCGCGCUGCCCGCCCUGCCUGAGCCUGCUGCGCGAGGCGCGCGACUUCCAGGCAGCGCGCUAUGACCGCCACGACCGCGGGCCCUGCCCCCGAAUGCGUCCUCGCCCCUCCACUGGCCUCGCCGAGAUCCUCGUGCUCGUGGGCGGCUGCGACCAGGACUGCGACGAGCUGGUCACUGUCGACUGCUACAACCCGCAGACGGGCCAGUGGCGCUACCUAGCCGAGUUCCCAGACCACCUGGGCGGGGGCUACAGCAUCGUGGCGCUGGGCAAUGACAUAUACGUGACGGGUGGGUCCGACGGCUCCCGGCUCUAUGACUGCGUGUGGAGGUACAACUCAAGUGUGAAUGAGUGGACGGAGGUGGCGCCCAUGCUGAAAGCCCGCGAGUACCACAGCUCCUCUGUGCUGGACGGACUGCUGUACGUUGUGGCUGCCGACAGCACCGAGCGCUAUGACCACACCACCGAUUCCUGGGAGGCCCUGCAGCCCAUGACCUACCCCAUGGACAACUGCUCCACCACUGCCUGCCGCGGCCGGCUCUAUGCCAUCGGCUCCCUGGCUGGCAAGGAGACCAUGGUGAUGCAGUGUUAUGACCCCAACACCGACCUGUGGUCGCUGGUGGACUGUGGCCAGCUCCCGCCCUGGUCCUUCGCCCCCAAGACUGUGACUCUGAAUGGACUCAUGUACUUUGUCAGGGAUGACUCCGCCGAGGUGGAUGUGUACAACCCAACAAAGAACCAAUGGGACAAGAUCCCGGCCAUGAAUCAGGUGCACGUGGGGGGCAGCCUGGCUGUCCUUGGAGGAAAGCUGUAUGUCUCUGGGGGAUAUGACAAUACAUUUGAACUCUCGGACGUGGUAGAGGCCUAUGACCCAGAGACUCGCGCGUGGAGCGUGGUGGGGCGGCUCCCAGAACCUACCUUCUGGCACGGCAGUGUCAGCAUCUUCCGCCAGUUCAUGCCCCAGACUUUCUCAGGUGGGCGCGGCUUCGAGUUGGACAGUGGCAACAAUGACAUGGACCCAGGCCGACCCCGGCCACUGCGGGACCCUAAUGAGCUGCACUAGCCCUGGUCCAGUCCAGUCCGGGCCUCGGUGCAGGUAACUGGCACCACUCUUUCAUGUACGAGGACAGGUUGGGCUCACAGGUGGAGCACAGGCUCUCAGGUAGCCACGCAAGCCCAGGAUCUGGUGCCUGAAGGUUUCUGUGCCUUGAGAGCCUGAGUCAGAGGCCAUCCUGAACGCCCUUCCUGACGUUGAGGAAGAGCCACCUUCCUCCCGGCACGUGUUUCUGGGUCUUGGAGGUCACCCCCAGCCUGUGGAUCGCAGCUCACCCACGCAGUGCACACCCCUCCUGCUGCUGUCACCUGCACCUAGUUCCUCCCACCUGGGUUGAGGAGGACGACUUGAGAGGGAUGAGUGAAGGGAGGAGGGGUCCUCCUGUGAAGCUUGGAGGAUGGCCUGGACCUGGAGCAGCGAAUCAGGCAGACAGAGGCUGAAGUGGGGUCCCAAAUUCCACAUCUGGGGGUGUCUUGGGGGACCAUUUCCCCAAAGGGGAUGGGGGCCUGCCUCCCUAGCUCAUAGCCCCUGCCCAGGGCUUACAUCCGAACCCCACAGAGGGCUGGCCUCCAGAGGCUGCACCGGGACAGUGGGACAUGAACAGGGAUAUGGACCUGGGGGGUGAAAAUAUGGCCAUGGCAGAUGAUGGGUCUCCCCAGCCAUAGCCCCCAACCCCACUCCCACCCCCUGACCCCCCCCCAACUGGCUGUUUUGUCUUCACCUCUCACUGUCUCCUUCAGCAUCCUGGGACAGAAGCCCACGGGAGGUCUCAGGCCAUAGGUUCUUCCCAGGAGGCCCUGGGAGGCAGUCAUUGACACCUGGUCAGGCAGACAGCUGCAGGUGCCCGAGUCCUUGCCGGGCCUGUGCAUGAGGAGUCCCACAGCUUCUAAAGGAAGUCCUGGGCAGGAGGUGGCCUUGGUGGUUGGUUUCAAGGUUUAAAAUGCUUGCAGUUUGACCUUAAAAGAAGAGGAAGCUGUAUAGGGUCAGCUUUGAUUUUUCAAUUCUGUAAAGUGCCAUUGCCAGAGCUUUCUGCAGGAGCGCUCAGGUGAACGCCGCAGCCUGGCAGUCCCUGGUUUUUUCUUGGAAAUGGUCAGUUUCACCUCAAAAUACCCAAAGGAGCCUUGGCUUGAGUUUUUGUCUUUGCCUCCCUUUUUAGAGAAGAGGGCGUUCAGACUGUGCUUUUCUCGUUAAGGUUAAAGCAAAUGUUGAUUGCCUUUUCUAGUGUACUAACUUGUAGAGAUGUUCUCAGCAGGAGACAGUCUCACAUUGUCACUUAGAUUGCACUUAAGACCCUUGUGUUAACCAGAUGGCAUGGCUGGUUGCCUUAAUAUGUCCGGGGACACCUGCCAGGGCUGCCUGGCCUCUCCCUCAUGCUCCUGAAGAGCCCAGUCCAUACACUGUGGAUGACAUUACUGUCAUUAGAAAAACUUGUCCUAGAACGCCCUGGCUGGUUUGGUUACAGUUAGUGGCAGCUCUUCUCCCUUGGGUCAUGGUUAUCUCUCAGCACCUGCUGUGCACCAGGUACUGGUGGGACGGCUGAGGAUGGGACCCCAGCACUGUCCAGGCCUGAUGGGGCCUGGCUGGGAGUCCUAUGGGUGGUGUGGAACGUGCAGCUGGGCUUCCUGUCGUCAGGCGCCUUCUGGCACUGUUGCUUGCGUUGCCCUCCUUCCUCUGCUUCCUUGGGCCCUCCUGGUCUGUGUGAACUCCCUCAGGGAACUUCCCUGCCCUGUAGCCCUCACUUAACUUCCUAGCCAGCUGUCGAGCCCAUCCAGAGGUGGUUUGAGCUCAGUGGGGCAGCUUGUCUCCCUUGGCAUCAGGGGUAUAAGGGCUGGGUUCAGCCAUACAAGAUUGGCCAGGCCCUCGAUCCCUGACUGUCCCAGGCACGGAGCUGGGCACCCAAGGAUACACUCUCUGGGCUGUGUGAUGACUGCCAGCACAGGGCAUCUUGGUCUGGGCUAGGCUGCGAGGCCUUCCCGCUGUGGAAAACAAUUUCUUUUUGCAGCUUUGCUGUGGUUGGCAGCUGCCGUACCCCAUGCCUGUGGCGGCUGCGCAGACAAGGGCUAUGGUACGAGCCAGAGUGGAAGAGCUGGACUUGGGUUUGCACCCUCUCCUGUGUCUGUUUUCCAGACCUACCCUGGUCUCCACCAUCAGGACCACCCCAUCUUUGGGUUUCAAAGACCAAGGCUGGGGAAGAGCAGGCACCAGCCUCUGCAGCAAUGCGUGUGGACACCAGCUGGGGGAGCCAGGGUCCAGCCCCUCCUCUCCCGGUUCCCCUAUGCUGUGGGUUCUGGGCUAUCAUGUCCCCACCACUUAAGGGUGUCUUUACACUGACUUCAGAAUAGAUGCUGGGAUGCCUAGGCAUGGGACUGUCCCCACGUGUUACGUGUACAGAACUCUGUCUACAGCACAAAUUAUGAAAACACAGUGACUGGUAUUUAACGCUGAUGUACUAUAAUGUAUUUUAUAUUUAUAUGACUUCAGAGACGCAUAUGUGAUAAAGGACACCCUCCCUCUAGUGUCCACACCCAGUCCUACCGCAGAGGGUUGGGCAGGUUGACGUAUUUAUUUUUAUCUCUUCCGUAGGCUUCCAUGUCCAGAAUCCUGCUUAGGGUUUUAGGGUGCCUUUGGAACUUUUUGCAAUAAAAAUAUUUCCCAUCCA